AUGGCCAGACACCGUCUGAGGAAGGACAUGAAGCUUCUCUUGACACUGGGCAUGUCUGUGGUGCUGUCGUCAGUCGACGAGUGGAUACAAGAGGGUUGCUGGCCUCCUGAGCUUCUGGCUCGUCUCAUCGAGUCCCUGCAGGAGAUAAUCACCUCUUUUUCACUUUGUCCAGAUACUUGCUCUCUCCUGGAAAAUUGGCUGGCACUGGAAUACCAGGCACUGAAAAAUCGGCUUGCACUAUCUCUCCGCUGGUAUUCAAAGACAGCUGCAAGCUCAAAAGUAGUUCUCGUCUCAGGGCCAGGAGCAGAAUAUAGCCACGGGUGCGUUCCUCAAAACCGUAGCCUCAUGGUGCGUAGUAUACCCACUUUCUCUCAUCCGCUGUCUGCCACCAUGUCAAAUGAUAUGCGUGGAAUAACGCAACUGUGUGCAAAAGGUUGA